AUGCCUUCUUUCACUUCCCAUGUGGUUGCAAACUUGCUCUCGCUUUUAGCUCUGUCCCUCGCACUCUUCGCUUAUCGACGCUCUAUUAUACCCAUCUAUGGCGCAGCUCCAACAACUUACUCUCUCAACUCUGUCGUGAUUCUUGCAUCGCUUGUCCACCCAUUCCCAAUAUCGCGUCGUACAACUCUGUUAUUUGGCGCGUUCUUCGCGUCAACUGCGCCGCUUUUGACGUACUGGGUUGCUGUUUGGACUGCAAGAUGGGACAUGCCCAUUGUUGGCCCUCUUGUCACCCACCUGGCGACCGUAUGGCCGCUGGUCAUCAUGCUUACUUCUCUCGCGGCUGAGCCCAAGAUUCCUAUUGGCUAUCGUGUGCUAGCCAGCUUGGGCUGUUCCGCUGGCGGAAUAGUCUUGUCAAACUUCUGGGCAGAAACUCGAGUGCUUCGAGUUGUUUCCGGAAACCAAGUGUUCAUAGGCCUUGCCACCUCAUUUCUUAAUCUCUGGGUCGCCACCUCUCCCACCACAUCAAUGUCAUUCCGCAAAAAGAAAGCCACAUCUCCGUUCCAUAGCCGAUACAUGAAGCUCGCAUUGUUCGCAACAUUAAAUGGCUCUAUUUGGGCCAGUUUUAAUCUCCUCCGGUCCCCGAUUCUCCCGCAUCCCCUCCCGCAACCGUAUUACCAUCCAACAUUCCCCUUGGUUAUCCAUUCCUCUGUCCAGUCGUUGACAGGGCUUAUUGUUGUUGGCGAAGCACUCCCUCCCCCCAACGAUGGAGGCAGUGGCGCGGAUACGGAUAUGCAUUCAAUGCGCUACCUUCGGGCAGAUCAUUCUCUUCUUGGUGGCGUCUGGGUUGGCGACAAGGUCGCAACCAUAGACAACGCUCCACCUCCAGUCGACUCGUUCGAUCGGCCACUGGGUGACUCUAUUUAUAGCACAUUUGUGCUACAUGAAGCAGCACGGUUGGUCAAUAGUACAUCUCGAACUGCAGAACGGGUUGCGGUGAUCGGACUGGGUGUGGGAAUUUCUCCGAUCGGCUUUAGCAGACAUGGUCUUUCUACCACCAUCGUUGAAAUCGAUCCUGCUGUCUAUGAUGCCGCGCGACUGUACUUUGGCUUGCCUGAACACGAUGAUGAAACCUUGUUUCUUGAAGACGCGCGCGGAUGGGCUGCAAGACGACGGAAAAACCUCUCUACAGAUUCCUUAUUCGACAUUAUCGUCCAUGAUUGUUUCUCUGGAGGCGGGGUUCCUGAACACAUCUUCACUAUCGAAUUCUGGAGCGACCUCAAAGCCAGUUUACAUCAACAGGGAGUUCUCGUCGUAGUCAGUCUUGUCAUACCAUCCGUGUUUUGUCUCAUCAUCUUCCUGCAGAACUUUGCGGGUUCAAUCGUAUCUGACUCUUCACGAAUGAUAUCACAAACCCUCCUCAAGAGUUUUGGCAAUUGCCGCGCAUUCCAUGACGCCCAACAUCAGAUAACAGAAGCGCAACGAACGACGGAACUAGUCAAUAUCGUCUUCUUCUGCACUCCUCAUUCAUCACCGUUGACCUUCCGCAAGGCACGGAAGUCAGACUAUCUCAACUCAUACCUGCGGGAGUUCAUUUUAUCGGACUUGCCUAAACGCGAAGUAGAUUUUGAGCUCUUAACUGGGCAAUUAGACGACGAGUUUAUCAUCCGCGAUGACCACAACUUGUUGGGAGAGUUGCAGAAUAAUUUGGGUCACCAUCAUUGGCAAUGUGCGCUGCCUUUUUUUUCCUGUUCUUCUGUUGACGAAAUACUAGUGAUGCGCAAAGUCUUGCCAGAUAUAUUCUGGGAGACCUUUUAG